UGCGGCGCGUGCGAGGCCUGUCAGUGGAAGGAAGCGCUGAGUGUGUGUGUGUAUAUGUGUGUGUGUGAGUGUGUGUGAGCGUGUGUAUGCGGUGAGGUCAUGGUGUUUUCAGCCGAUCAACAAAAUACACGUUAUUAGCCUCUGAACGGUUCACCCGCACGUUUCUAAAGGUUCUGGACACAGAGGUGGAAAUUCAGAUCACAGUAGGUCCAUAGAUAUCUGCACUGGAUGAAUGCUAAGACAUCAAUUUGCCUGGACUUCACCAUGAAUAAAAACAAAAGGGAGAAAGAGUUCUACAGUAUAGAUGUGGGGGAUUCAACGUUCACUGUUUUGAAGCGCUAUCAGAAUCUAAGACCGGUGGGCUCAGGAGCACAGGGAAUAGUCUGUUCAGCAUAUGACCACCACCUGGAAAGAAAUGUGGCUAUUAAGAAACUUAGCCGGCCUUUUCAGAAUCAGACACAUGCCAAACGAGCAUACAGAGAGCUGGUGCUGAUGAAGUGCGUCAACCAUAAAAAUAUUAUUGGCCUCUUAAAUGUUUUCACACCACAAAAAACGUUAGAGGAAUUCCAAGAUGUUUACCUAGUAAUGGAGCUGAUGGAUGCCAACCUCUGCCAAGUCAUUCAGAUGGAGCUGGACCAUGAGCGGUUGUCCUAUCUGCUGUACCAGAUGCUGUGUGGAAUUAAACACCUCCAUGCUGCAGGGAUCAUCCACAGGGAUCUGAAACCCAGUAACAUUGUAGUCAAGUCGGACUGUACCCUAAAGAUCCUGGACUUUGGCUUGGCCAGGACGGCAGCGACCGGUUUACUGAUGACACCAUAUGUGGUGACACGCUACUACAGAGCCCCUGAAGUCAUUCUGGGAAUGGGAUAUCAAGCCAAUGUUGAUGUCUGGUCUGUUGGCUGUAUCAUGGCCGAAAUGGUCAGAGGUAGUGUGUUGUUUCCAGGUACUGAUCAUAUUGAUCAGUGGAAUAAAGUCAUCGAACAGCUGGGAACACCAUCCCAAGAGUUCCUGAUGAAACUCAACCAGUCUGUAAGGACUUAUGUGGAGAACCGGCCCCGCUAUGCUGGAUACAGCUUUGAAAAGCUCUUCCCUGAUGUUCUCUUCCCUGCUGAUUCUGAACACAGCAAACUGAAAGCGAGCCAGGCUCGAGACCUGCUUUCCAAAAUGCUGGUAAUAGAUGCUUCCAAACGCAUCUCUGUAGAUGAAGCUCUACAGCACCCUUACAUUAAUGUUUGGUUUGACCCAGCUGAGGUAGAGGCGCCUCCUCCAGUGAUCACAGACAAGCAGCUGGAUGAGAGGGAACAUACAGUGGAGGAGUGGAAAGAACUGAUUUAUAAGGAAGUGCUGGACUGGGAGGAAAGGAUGAAGAAUGGUGUGAUUCGAGGCCAGCCACCUCCUCUAGCGUGUGUACCAGGAACUGGAGGAAUAUUUAACUGCAGUGCAGCAAUAGUGAAUGGAUCCCCCCAGCCCUCAUCCUCUUCCUCCAUCAACGAUGUGUCCUCAAUGUCUACAGAGCCCACCAUGGCCUCGGACACAGACAGCAGCCUAGAGGCCUCCGCUGGACCACUGAGCUGCUGCAGAUGACUAUCGCCCUCCCCUGGAGCCUCUUUGUGUGUGGCAUGGUAUCAGAUUUAGGCCAGUCAGAUAGCUUUUUUAAUACCAGGUGUGAUAUUCUUUGCUUCCCCUCAAAACAUCGUAAAUAAGAUUUUUUUUAUUGCUUUUUUUGAUGAGAAGCUCCACCAACCCCUGGCUACUAAAUGUGAGUAUUUUUGGUAUGCUCACUUUGUUCUUCUUUUAUAAGCUCAGAUAAAGCAUUUUGCCGUAUUGUUGUAGAAGGAUGACUUGUAAAGACUAAAUUGUGAAUAUAUUUUUUUCAAUUUUUUUGUUUCAAUGUGUUUUUUUUUCCCAGUUGUUUGUUUUUGAGUGAAUAUACCUAGAAACAAGCUUCAGAUGUAAAAAUAUAAAAUAGUGUAUAAAUUGAUAUCAAUGUAGUAUGACUAUUUAAUUGUUUUUCCUGCAAAACCCUGUCCCAGAUGGCUUCUUCUGGUUGGUGUUUUCCAUGAUUCUUGCCCAAAACACUUUUAUUUCUGAUGUGUACAGUUUUGUUACAGCAAAUAAUCACGCAUAACAUCACAGAUGUUAUAUAUAU